AGGGUAACAGAUUAAUUCAGUAACAUGUUGAGUUUUGUCGUGUGUCCCAUAGAGCUGUGGUCCUCAGUGAUUUCCUGUAUUGAUGAGUCCUUUUGAUUCUCUUUUCACCUCUCCAUCCGUGCACCGCUGCUGAGAUCAGGAUGGACCAUGAUCGAGGCAUGGGAAACAGUCGUUACCGCUAUGAGGAGGAGGAGGACCAUCAGUCCAUCUACAUUGGUGUGCCAGUGCCUCGCGGUUACCGUCGCAAACGCAGACGGAGACGUUCAUCCAUGUCAAGUCGUGAUGCAGAUGUAGAUCGAAGACUUCGACAUGAUCAUCACAGACAUGAACACUACGAAUGUGAUGACAGAGACCGCUAUGAUCUGGAGGCGGGAGGCCUGGAUCAAGCAGAACACAACUUGCCACCAGACAUCAACAGAACCAUGUCCCCGGCGGCUGAGCGGCUGCGCUAUAUUUUGGGGGACGAUGAGGAGACCAUGCCCACACCCACUCUCUUUACUGAGAUGGACACAUUGCAGCAUGAGGGAGACGAGCUGGAGUGGAGAGAAUCAGCGAGGUGGGUGAAGUUUGAGGAAAAAGUUGAGGAGGGUGGAGAAAGAUGGAGCAAACCACACGUUUCCACACUGUCCCUGCACAGCCUGUUUGAACUGCGGACAUGCCUGCAGACCGGCACCGUGCUGCUGGACCUGGAGGGAUACUCGCUCCCACAGAUCGUCGAUGACAUCAUCGAUCGUCAGGUAGAGGAAGGGUUGAUCGGUCCUGAAUUGAGAGACAAAAUCAGCUUUGUACUGCUGAGAAAGCACAGACACCAGACCAAAAAGCCCAUCCAUCGCUCCCUUGCGGAUUUGGGCAAGUCUGGUUCAGGAGGCACUCGGAGUCCUGCCCGAACCCCUGCUGCCCAGGCAGCAAAUUUUAACCGCUCUACUGAAGAUCUGCGCACUAAACAAGCAGCAAACUAUGGAAGACUACGCCACGCUCAAAGCAGGAGUAUGAAUGACAUCGCCGACACACCAAGCACAGACCAGCUAAAGAACAAGUUCAUGAAGAAAAUCCCCAGAGAUGCAGAAGCAUCCAAUGUUCUGGUGGGAGAAGUGGACUUCUUAGAAAAACCCUUCGUUGCCUUCGUUCGUCUGUCUCAGGCCACCACUCUUGGAGGCCUGACAGAAGUCCCAGUGCCCACCAGAUUCUUGUUUGUGCUACUUGGGCCUCCUGGCAAAGCCAAAUCUUAUAAUGAGAUCGGACGUGCCAUUGCCACUCUCAUGGUGGAUGAUCUCUUCAGUGAUGUAGCAUAUAAAGCCAGAGACAGGGAGGACCUGAUUGCAGGCAUUGACGAGUUCCUGGACGAGGUGAUUGUGCUUCCACCUGGAGAGUGGGACCCCAAAAUUCGCAUAGAGCCCCCCAAAAAAACUCCCUCAGCAGACAAAAGGAAAUCUGUAUUUUCCCUCAAUGAGCUGGGUCAGAUGAACGGGACGGCAGGAGGCGGAGGGCCUAUUGAAGAGGAUGAAGAGAUGCCUGUUCCACAUGAGCUCGGCGAAGAGUUGGCUUACACAGGGAGGUUCUGUGGCGGCCUUUUUCUUGACAUGAAGCGGAAGCUCCCCUGGUACCCGAGUGACUUUUAUGAAGGUUUCCACAUUCAGUCUAUCUCCGCGGUGCUCUUCAUCUACCUGGGCUGCAUAACCAAUGCAAUCACCUUUGGGGGCCUUCUAGGGGAUGCCACAGACAAUUACCAGGGUGUAAUGGAGAGUUUUUUGGGCACCGCUUUAGCAGGAACAGUAUUCUGCGUUUUUGGCGGUCAACCCCUCAUUAUUCUCAGCUCAACAGGGCCCAUCCUCAUCUUCGAGAAACUGCUUUAUGAAUUCAGCAAAAAUAAUGCGAUUGAUUACAUGGAGCUCCGGCUGUGGAUCGGCAUUCACUCCUGCAUUCAGUGCUUUAUCCUGGUGGCCACGGAUGCCAGUUACAUCAUAAAGUACAUGACGCGCUUUACGGAGGAGGGCUUCUCUAGUCUCAUCUCCUUCAUCUUCAUCUCUGACGCCAUCAAGAAGAUGGUGGGCUCCUUUAAAUAUUACCCCAUCAACACUGACUUCAAGCCGGACUACGUUACGGCCUACAAGUGCGAGUGUGUGGCACCAGACCCGAUCCCAGUGCCAGAUAAUACCUCUGCUCUCUUUGGUUUCAAUAUCACAGCUCUGGACUGGACUCAGUUGAGUAAGAAGGAGUGUGUGAAGUACGGAGGCUCACUGGUGGGACAGUCCUGCAAAUAUGUUCCAGAUCUUGCUCUAAUGUCCUUCAUUUUGUUCUGCGGCACUUACACCAUGACUGUCACUCUGAAGAAGUUCAAAUUUAGUCGCUACUUUCCCACUAAGUUGAGGAAGUUAAUUAGUGACUUCUCCAUCUUCAUGUCCAUCAUGACGUUUGUGGGUCUGGACAUGCUAAUAGGUUUGAAAACACCCAAACUCAUUGUGCCUACCGAGUUCAAGCCCACACGUCCUGACCGAGGAUGGUUUGUGAUGCCAUUUGGAAAGAAUCCAUGGUGGGUUUACCUGGCAAGCUUCGUCCCUGCUCUCCUCGUCACCAUCCUUAUCUUCAUGGAUCAGCAGAUCAGCGCUGUUAUCGUCAACCGGAAGGAAAACAAGUUAAAGAAAGGCUGUGGGUAUCAUCUGGAUCUAUUGUGGGUUGGCGUUCUGAUGGCAGCCUGCUCUUUUAUGGGUCUGCCGUGGUAUGUUGCGGCCACUGUCAUUUCCAUCGCUCACAUUGAUUCACUGAAGAUGGAGAGCGAGUCUAGUGCUCCAGGGGAACAGCCACAGUUCUUGGGUGUGAGGGAACAAAGACUGACAGGAAUCCUGGUCUUUGUGCUGACAGGAGUGUCUAUUUUCUUGGCCCCGAUCCUGCAGUUCAUCCCUAUGCCAGUCUUGUAUGGAGUUUUCCUCUACAUGGGCGUUGCUUCUCUCAGUGGCAUCCAAUUCUGGGACAGAAUUAAACUGAUCAUGAUGCCAGCGAAACACCAGCCAGACUUUUCAUACCUGCGUCAUGUGCCGCUCAGGAGAGUCCAUCUAUUCACACUGGUGCAGAUUGUGUGCUUAGCAGUACUCUGGAUCCUCAAAUCUACUUUCCUCGCCAUCAUCUUCCCUGUCAUGAUUCUAGGUCUCAUGGUGGUCCGAAAGAUGUUAGACAUGGUCUUCUCUCAACAUGAUCUGGCAUGGCUGGACGAUAUCCUGCCUGAGAAGGAAAAGAAGAAAAAAGAUGAUGAAAAGAAGAACAUCAAGAAGGACAAAAAGAAAGGCAAAGGAGGGGAUGACAGUGAAGAUGAUGACAAGUACCACCCCUACACAAACUGCACCCCUGGUGAUUCGGACUUGGAUCGCAGCAUCACUCUGCACCUGAAGAUCUCCUGCCCGUCGUCUCCAGCGAUGCCACUGGCCAGAGGCAUGCCGUGUCCUGUUCCCCAGGUCAAGAUUGAGAUGGAGUCGGACUAUGAAGACACAGAUAUAAACCCUAGAGGCAGACACAGGGAUCACAGGGACAUGAGCAGCGAAACAACGCUGUAAAAACUUCUUGUUGAAGCUCCUGUGAUUUGUGGUCAGAUGGCACUUUAUGGGUUGGCAAAACGGUGGCAUGGCAACUCAAUUUUAAAGAAUGUCAAGAUAAAAUGUCGAGUUUAAGCUAAUUUCUCAAACACAAUAUAUUUUUCUGAUUUUAAAAACCAAAGCAACUGAAAAAUGAUGCCGAUGCAGUAUAUUUGCUCUAAUUAGAAUUGAUAUAACACCAUAGAUAAUGUAUAUGACAGAGAGAAUAUUUUGACCUUCCAACUUCAAAAUUUAAGUUUCUCUCAUUUUAAAAGCCAAAGGUUUCUGAAAAUAAAAGAUUAUUUUUAUGCUAGAAAUGAAAGUAUAUUUUAGACAAAAUCAGAUAUAUUUAUGCAGUGCAACCUUUUUAGAUCACCUUUAUAUCUUUGAUAGAAUAAACAACUGUGAUUUUUCCCUUUAUCCUUCUAGUAGUGUUGUCUUUCUCUGAUCAAUCAUGCUUUUCCUUCCUUUUCCCUUUCUUUUCCUGCUUAUGACGCUCAAAACUCAAAGCUGGGGAAAAGAAACAACCAAAAAACAAACACACAAGCUUUGAAAGGACAGAUGAAACUCAGAUUUUUAGAAAUUUUGGCUAUUAAUUUUAUUUACUUGAAUGUUUCUGAAUGUUUGUGUGAGUUGUGCUCAGUGAAAGCGGGAUGUGUUUUCUGUAUUUUUAUAUUCUGUGCAUGAAUAUGUGUACAUGGGCAGGCUGCAAAUGAUGGAUGCUGGCUGACAUGAGAUUUAACCUCAUACUUGAAUACUGGAAAAUGAGCAAAUGAGGUGGCAUAUUGAAAAUAAUUCCUCAACUGUUGUUUUGUACAUAGAACCAUAUACCUUAGAGUGAUUUGUUUUUAAAUAAUCAUGUUUUAUUGUAUAUCUCAAAUUGCUUGUAUAUAUUAUUUCAUCCGAAGACAUUGACUAACAUAAAUAGCAACAAUCAAUCAUUUUACUACAUUUACAAUCAUAAGAAAAUUAAAUUAUUUAAUUAUUCUUCCCUAUAUAUAUAUAUAUAUAUAUAUAUAUAUAUAUAUAUAUAGAUAUAUAUAUAUAUAUAUAUAUAUAUAUAUAUAUAUAUAUAUAUACACACACAUAUACAUAUAUACAUACAUACAUACACUGUUGGCACUCAUUUUGAAAAAGGAACACUCUACCAAACUCUUAGAGUCUAUCUUGAUUUUGACCUCAAAAAUCUUAAAAAUAACAUCAUGUUAAAGAACAUGACACAUUGGCUCUAGCAUCACCGUCGGAGUCCAUGGUGAAACCGUCACUGAAUCCGUCACUCUCCACAAGAGUGGGUCUCUUACCACACAUUGGGCAGAGUUUAUUCCUCUGGCGUGAAGCUCGCAUCCAUAUAAUCAGGUUCCAGCGAGUACCUGAGGAGAUGGACAAAGCUCCAUGCAUGUGCUGGCCUCUGUGAAGCAGACCUUCAGUAACGCGAUGCUCCACUUCCACACACUCAGUCUCACUUAGAGGCACCUGAGACAAACAAACACACUGUCAGGACUCUGUAAAUAUGCAAUACCAUUAAUAUAUGCAAUAUUUUAGGCCGCAUGCUUGUGCUGCCCACUGUUUCAUCCAGAACUGUCAGUGUCUUUGUAAAGUGAACUAAUGUGUUGUAUACUCAUGAAAUAAAAGCUAUUCUUGAAGUAA